AUGUCGAUUUUGGCAGAGCCGAAAAGAAAACAAAAAAUCAGUGUGGAUCCACAGAAUUUGACAUGGAAAAAUGAUGAUCAAAAAUUCUCCAAGAAGUUAAUGGAAAAGAUGGGAUGGUCCGAAGGCGACGGCCUUGGUCGUAAUCGUCAAGGCAACCAAGACGCUGUGAAGCUUCGAGCCAACACCAGUGGCCGUGGACUAGGAGCCGACAAGAUGGCUGACUACGAUUCCACGUGGAUUUCGCAUCACGACGAUUUCGCGGAUCUGCUGGCGGCGUUGAACAAGAAUAAGGAGGAGAAAACCGAGGAUCAGACGGAAGAGGAGAGGGAGAAGGCGGCUGAAAAGAUCUCGAUCGAAUUGAAGAGCAAAUCGAUUCGUAGACGAAUUCACUAUCAAAAAUUCACACGUGCCAAGGACACGACCAACUACAGCGACAGUCACAAGAAGGGAAUUCUCGGCUACGGACGUCUCAAAUCCGAUGCCACGUCGACGACUACAGAAGACGUCGUCGAAAAUGCUGCUCCACAAGUGCAAACUGAGAAAUCGACGGAUUCUGAAAACGAGAAAAAAGAGGGAAACAAUACAGUCAGCACGCUGUCGGUUGGCGAUUAUUUCGCCGCAAAAAUGGCUGCGCUGAAGGCUAAACGAGAGGCAGCGGCUAAGGAAAUUAAGACCGAAAUCAUCGAGGAAAUCGAGAUAAAAACCGAGAUAAAAGAGGAGAUUUCGGAGGAAUCGGACGAGGAGAAAGCCAAAAGAAAGGCCGAGAAAAAGGAGAGAAAACGUCUUAGAAGAGAGCAGAGACAACGAGAGGAGGAGGAGGAGGCUGAAAAUAUGGUUGAAAUUAAACAAGAAAUCAAGGAGGAGCCGAUUGAUGAGGAGAUUGAUGAAGCGGAGAGAAAGAGACUCAAAAAGGUACAAAUAGCUAAUUAG